AAUUUGCAUGCGGCUGCCCGGCUGCUGCAAGAUACGAUAGAGAAGCUGAUUUUCCACGGUCCAUCCAGGCAGGCGAUGGCCUUGUCAUUGCUGCAGGAAGCCCAAACAGCGCAAGGAUUAGCCGCCGUCCGCAAUAGCCUGCAGGGAAUGAAACGGGAAGAGGAGCGCAGCAUGUCGGUGUCGCCGCCGCUGACCGGUCAGCACCACCAGCCCCAUCACCUGAACCUGAACAUGAACGUCAAUCACAGUCCUACCAUCUUCGGUGGCUACCCGUCGUCGGGUCCAUCCCUGGGAAUGCUGGCUCCCCAGCUCCUGGCCGCCAACCAGACGGCGGCAGCUCUGAUGGCCGCCGGGCUACCCAUGUCGCUCCGGGCCCAUCUAGCAUCGGGCCUUUUCCCACCGCAUCCGGCCCUCUUCGGAGCGUGGGCUCCUCCCACCCCUAACAGCAACAACAGUAGCCCACCGCCUCCUCAGAGCCCCAUCUCACCGGCCCUGAGUCACAAGAGCUCCAAAUCCCUCAAACUUACCAACAACAAUAACCACAUCGUAUCGACGACCUCCGAGAUCCUACCUCAGCAGAAGAAACCUGCCAAGCGAAAACAACUGUCAGUCAAACCGGACGCCGCGCUACUUCAAUCUCCGGGCCAAACCAUGCCGGCUGACAUCACGGACAUGGUCAGCCCGGGUCCCAUUUCGCCACCUACCUCAGGCUCGUCGCCUCAAUCCAACGGGAGCGUCGACCUACCACAAACCAUCACUACCUCCACCCCAAGGGAUCCCUCGCGGGACAAGGUCUUCACCUGCAAGAUCUGCAACCGCUCGUUCGGCUACAAGCACGUCCUCCAAAACCACGAGCGAACCCACACUGGCGAGAAACCCUUCGAAUGCCCGGAAUGCCACAAACGCUUCACCCGGGACCACCACCUCAAGACCCACAUGCGGCUACACACCGGCGAAAAACCCUACUCUUGUACCCACUGCGAUCGCCAGUUCGUCCAGGUCGCCAACCUCCGGCGGCACCUCCGGGUACACACCGGCGAAAAGCCCUACGAGUGCGAAAUGUGCCAGCAAAAGUUCAGCGAUUCCAACCAACUGAAAGCUCACAUGCUCAGCCACAACGGCGAGCGGCCAUUCCACUGUGAUAAAUGCAACGCCAGGUACCGCCGGAAACACCACUGGUACCAUCACAAGUGCAACGUCACCAGCCCUCCAACGCCCGCCAUCAGCCCUACCAUGUCCCUCUGCGACCAGAAGUCCGGCUGUUCCGAACACUCGGACCUCUCCAUGGAGCUCAAAUCCUCGGUCCUCCUCCACCAAAAAUUCCCCGGUCUCACCCUUCCCCUGGACUUCAGCUCAGCCGAAACCCGGCAUCACCAUCCCGCUGGAGCCAUGGACCUCCGGGCCGCCAUCCGAAGCACCCCCACCCAAAUCACCCACAUCAAGUCCAACAUGCCGGAGCAAACCGAACCGGAAGACCUCAGCAUGCACUCGCCUCGGUCCCCCGUCACGAUGGAGGAACUCGAAGAACUGGACGACGCCGCCUCGCUGUACCUGAAGCAACGCCAUCAUAAGCUCGCUUUCGCAGCGGUCGCCGCCGCUGCCGCCGCCAGCCAGCAACGUCACGGUAUGGAAUCCUAAAUCUCACUCUAUAUCUCUUCCCCCCAACCCCACCC